UAGAAGUUUCAUAAUGCUUACAUUGUUAUGAGUGUACAGAUAUAAGUAGGACACGUGACAUCCCGGCAAUUUUGAGGGAAAAAAAACACUUUUUAUUGGAGUUGCCUCUAGAUGGACAUGCAUAUUCAUUCAUGUGAUGGGGCAGUUGCAUAGCGUAGAAAGGAUAGGCGGGAACUAGACAGCCCCUUUGUGGACAGCAACUUCCAUUUUUAGGGCGGAGAGACAUGUAUAUUGUUAGUAUAUCCAUUAUUUUUGGCUAAAUACAAACGAGAUAAUCCCGUGUUGAAAUGGAUUGAGAUUACGUCAACUAAAAAACGAUAGAUUUUUUUGCCACACCUAUCAGUCAUUGAGAUAUAUAUGAAUAAUUAUAUGUUCGUGGAUUUCAUUGUUUUUUUUUAGCUCGCCAUGACUCUGAGCAUGUCUCCGGCUGCGGUGUGCCAGUGCUUUACGCUGGUGUCACUGUGCACAUCCAUCGCCGACCCAAACUGGAUCCAAGUCAUGAACAACACUGACCCUGGAGGCAAACAGCUCAUCUAUGGUGUGGCUUUCAUACUGCAUGCUCCCCAGAACCUCACUGACACAGGUCCCCUGGGUGGUGUAAAUGGCUGGGGGGUGUGGCUGCUCUAUGCCCUGGCGGCUCUGUGCUACAGUGCUGUCCUGCUCUCCAGCUCCUCCUUCCUAUUGGACUUCCUGGGGACUGGGAUGUCCCACCCCCGACUGGUGGUGUUACUCCACAUCUCCACAGUGGUUCUCCUCCUGUCUGUUCUGGGAGUGUGUGGGGCCUGCCUGUACAUCAUCCACUGUAACCUUCAGGAGGGCAAGCUUGGGCCACUGUGGGAAUGGGUGGGGGGCUGGACCUGGCCUGGGUCUGGCUCCAGGAGCCAGGGAGGGGUGGUGGGGAUGAAGCCUUACCCAGGGGAGAGCUUCUACAUCACCAUGCUGGGCCUGCUCUUCUCCUGCCUGGCUGGUGUGAUCAGCCUGAGCAGCCUGGCGGACCCCACCUCCACCCAGAGGGACUACACAGCUGUGGUGGAGUGGGAUGACAGUGACACAGAGCCCCUUACCCCCAGGGAGCAGGGAGUGGGACAGUCUGACGAAGAGGAGGGGGUAGGAGACGUGUUGCCUGAAAUUACUCAGGGGGAGGUGGGUGGAAGUGGAGACUCCUAAAGGGGUUUCUCGGACCACUACAGAGGUAGAGGUUUGAAUGUGUGGCCCAAAAUGGCUUAGUUUCGGGCUAGAAUGAAAACCAGGACCACACCACACAUGGCCUGUAACAGACUUAAUUAGACAGCAGUGCUGGCGCCUUCCCUGUUCAUGUUUUGAAUCCCUAUUGCUUCACUGGACCAAGCUGGUGGAAUCCAGUCAGGAGCCAAAAAAAGAGACCAGAUACGUUUCCUAAUGUUGUUUUAAUGUUUGUCUGCCUAAAACAUGCCUUCUCGGGGUAUGUACAGUUGCACAACAUCAAGUCCUUAACCCAUUUACCCAUUUUUCCUUGUGGGAGUUUAUGCCCAGCGUCUCACACUUGACCCGACCAAGAUAAAUCGUUCUUUGGCUAGCUGUGAUAUUUGGAAAAGUGUGACAAGAAUGUAACACGGUUAAGCUAUUUCUGUCUGUGUGUGACCAGGGAAAGUGAGUGUCUGUAUGUUAUAAUUGAUGUGUGAUGCAAAUGAUAUGCCCUUCCUGCUCAUCAAUGGGAACAAGCUUUGACCCUGUUCACAUUACUGCAAAAUAACCACUGGGGAAUGUUCCGGAUCAGCGAAUGGUUUGUAACAGUUCAGAACCAGAAAAUAUGUUCAAUGAGCAGAAGUUCAGACUGCUUAACAUUGCGAUCCUAACACAGUACAAUCACCUAUUCUCCUCUUCUAGUUAACAUAAAAAUCCCUAGAGGAAGGUUUUUCUGAUUAUUUUCUUUUUAACAGGUUGUUUUUUUAACAUAUGCAUUAUUUUAACUUCUUGAACCCUUUGCACAGUCUUCCAUAGUGACACUUUAAGUUUCCCAAAUGGUGGAAACAAAUCACAGAUUUCUAUGGAAGAUUUACCUGAAGUAUACUGAAACUGGAGUUUCCUCUGAGAAAUUCCAUUUAAAAAGCCCAUUUGGCUUCUAUUAUGGCCACUAUAGCUUUAAUCACAAAUUGAGGAAGUAUUUAUUAGCAUGGUUGUUUACUACUAUAGGAAAGAUUGAGUGGGGAGAUGAAGUCUUUCCUUACCACAGUAGGUAGUGUAAAUACAUGGCUCUUGCCUUUAAAUGACUUGCUAUCUAAUCAUAUUUGAAUAUGAUGUAUUAAAUAUUUGAUGUGCUUAAAUAUUUAUUGUUUCAUAAAAUGACACUGCUACUGGUCACUAGAUACCUCAGAUCACUGUGAAAAUAUAUCCCGGUUUGGCAUCUUUAGGCGUCUACAUUACAGCACAAACCACUGUAUGUAUGCUUAUCCUACUUGAAGGUAACCAAUAAGACAAGCUCCUUGAUGGCGCUUGGUUGCAUGUGACGGUAGGGUUAUGGAUAUUGACUUGAUAAAUUAAGAUGGCUGCCUAGAAUCAGGUUUUCCUUACCCGCUUAUACCCUCAAGGUCUGUUUCCUGGACACAGAUUAAUCUUAGUCCUGGACUAGGAAACAUUUUCGAUGGAGAUUGUUUUUAGUUCAAGACUAGGCUUACUAUGUGUCUGGGAAACCGUCCCUCAAUCUUUUCCUCAGGUACAUAGGAAGACGUUCCUUCUCUUAUUCCAGGGUCACAGUCCCAUCUCUAUGAAUCCGACUAUUCAUUGUUGUUGUUUAUGAUGCUAUUUAUUCAUUAAACUACUUUUGCGUAUUU